UUGGUAGUAUGACGUGUUUUCAUCGUACUAUUAUUAAUUUUUACAAUGAGGUUUAGUCCUGUACAAGAAGUUUGAAACUUUAAAGUUGUGUUUUUAGAGAGUGAGACAUGUUUGGACAGUAAAUUCAGCAGUUGCAAAUCAUGAUAUACGCAGUAACAAGAACGGGAGGUUAGUGAACAACAACGGCAGGAGCUUAGAGUUUUCUAGGCUGUGGAUUAGUGACCUCAAACAUUAAGAUAAACUUGACAGAUCUUGUCUUGAAUUGAAAGAAAAAAAGAAGAAUCACUGAUUUACCAUACGUCUAAGCUGAAUGUUUUUACAUUUGUCUAAGAAGAAAAAUGAAUAAGGUUGUAGCAUUUGUACAAGGCGCUAGCCGUGGCAUUGGAUUACAUUUCGCUAAAGACUUAGCAAAGAAACCUAAUGCAUUUGUUAUUGCAUCGUGUAGAGAUCCUGAUAAUGCCGUCAACCUUCAAGCACUAUCUAAUCAAGUAAACAAUGUUGAUUUACUUCGAAUAGAUGUAACAAAUGAAGAUGACAUUAAGCACGCAGCUGUGUACAUCAAAGAAAAGUAUAACAGUAAACUAGAUUUAUUGAUUAAUAUUGCUGGGAUGUUAUCGCCUUCAGGACGUGGAGAAACAAGCUUACGUGAAGUAUCAGUGCAGGCUCUUGAAGAAACAUUCAAAGUUAAUACAUUUGGACCCCUUCUAGUGGCCAAACAUUUUGGGCAGUUCCUUCAAAAUGGAAAUGGUGGUUUUGGAGCAAAAAGUGAAAGUGAGAAACUAAAGCAUUCUGGUGUUUUGGUAAACAUGUCAGCCAAAGUUGGAUCCAUUGGAGAUAACAGUUUAGGUGGUUGGUACAGCUACAGGUUAUCAAAAGCAGCUCUCAACAUGGUCACCAAAAACUUAAGCAUCGAAUUAGGACGUGGUAGGAAAAAAGUUAUUUGUGUUUCUCUGCAUCCUGGGUCAGUGGAUACUGAUUUGUCUCGUCCUUAUCUGAAGAGUAUCCCCACAGAACGUCUUUUUAGCCCAGAGUAUUCUGUCAGCUGUCUGAUGAAUGUUAUUGACAAUUUAAAUGUACAUGAUACAGGAAAGUUUUUUUCCUGGGAUGGAAGUGAGCUGCCUUACUGAAGUUUGUCAAUGUACUUAGCAUAACAGUCUAAGUUCAGUAUGUAUCUCUGGUAGUUGCAUCAUGUGCCACAUUUGUUUCAUAACAUUUGUUUAAAUUUUAUUGUAAGAAAUUUUGACAAACUUAGUAAAGUAAAUCAAACAAUUCAUGA